AUGGAUACUGGCAAACUAACACUAUUAGUUCUCUUUGAUUUAACAAAAGCAUUUGAAUAUGUAAACCCGAGAGUAAUAUUGAGCACUUUGAUUGAACUUGGAUUUUUCGUCAAAACUAUAAGCUGGUUUUUCUCGUACUUAACGAAUAGAAGUCAAGCAGUCUUGAAUGAUGAUGGUUUACCAACUGAAUUCUUAGAAACUACGUCUGGUGUACCUCAAGGCUCAGUCUUAGGACCCAUUCUGUUUCUGUUGGUCAUGAAUUCAGUUGCAAAACGGCUCAUAUAUUCAAGACACGGACUAUUUGCAGAUGACAAAUACAUUUAUCUACACUAUCAUUAUUAUCAGUUGUACGAUGCAAUAAGACAAAUAACUACUGAUGCUCAAGCUGUUGCUGAUUGGGCUAAAGACAAUGGUCUAGAAAUCAAUGUAACAAAGACAAAAGCUAUGCUCUUAGGCUCGAGUGGGAAAUUAAAAAAUAUUCAACAUAACUUUUUACCACCUACUGUUGUUAAUGGUAUAGCGAUUCCCUUUACAGAGUCGGCCAAGUGUCUGGGACUUCACAUUACAAAUACACUGUCUUGGAAUCUUCAUACGUCAAAAACAAUCAAGAACUUAUUACCUGGACAAACUGCAUCGGAUAGACCGGAUUUAGUUGCACGAGUAUUAAGCAUUAAAAAAGAUACUUUAAUUGAUAUGAUUGUAAAACAACAUCUUUUUGGUCAAGUAGCCGCUUACAAUUGGGUAAUAGAAUUCCAAAAACGUGGUUUGCCACAUUUACACAUGUUAAUUACAUUAAAAAGCGAUUCUAAAAUAACAACACCUGAACAAGUUGAUAGAUUAAUCUCUGCAGAGAUUCCAAAUCCUAUGAGCGAUCCGACUUUAUUUGAUAUUGUAACGAAAAAUAUGCUGCAUGGUCCUUGCGGAGAUUGGUGUCUAAUCAACAAUAUUUGUUCGAAGAAAUUUCCUAAACAGUUUCGAAAUGAGACGACAAUGGAUGGAAAUGGAUAUCUUUAUAACCGUCGUCAGGAUGAAAACAUUACAUUUUCACGAAAUAAUUUCGUAUUUACUAAUCAACAUGUUGUACCAUACAAUAAGGUUUUAUUAAAAACUUUUAAUUGUCAUAUUAAUGUAAAAGUUGUAUGCUCAGUCACAGCUGUUAAAUAUUCAUUUAAAUAUGUUUACAAAGGCCACAAUAAAGCAGGGAUAACAAUAAAUGGAAGUGUACCGAAUACUAGAGUAGAAUCACUAGGAGAAGAAACUCAUUCGUCUUCUAAUUCUCAUGAUUCUGAAAAUUUGAACAAUGUUAAAGAUCACGACGAAGUACGUGAUUUUGUUGAUGCUCGCUAUAUUGGUCCUGUUGAAGCUGUUUGGCGCAUUUUAUCAAAACAUCUUCAGAAUAAAAGUCAUUCCAUAAUCCGUUUACCAGUACACUUACCAAAUGAACAAAGUAUCACUAUUAAUAAUGAUUGUAACAAUGACGAACUUCGAGAAGCUUUACAGAAACAAUCUAUGUUGAUAGAUUAUUUUAAAUUGAAUGAACGUGAUUCAAAUGCUCGCCAAUAUAUUUAUAGCGAUAUCCUAUAUCAUUAUGUUUUUAAAAAAGACAAUGUGACUAAAAUUACAAGUUGGCAACCACGAAAAAAAUAUCUCAACGUUAUUGGUCGAAAGGUGCUAGAAGUUUUGAAGAUCUCAGGAACAAUGAAUGGAAUACUUUGUGAUACUUUCACGUCGACGUGUUUAACAGCAGGACUUAUAGAAGACGAUCAAGAAUGGAAAAGAACUUUAAAUGAAGCAAUAGUAUGGAUGAUGCCACGACAAUUACGUUGUUUAUUUGUUCAUUAUAACAGACGUUUUGGAGUUAAAGAAGGAGAGAAAAAAGCGUACGUUUUUAUUAAUUCUAUGCUUAAUCGUGAACGCUACAGUCUUUCAGAUUUCCCCAGUAUGAUUCAGAUUAGUGAAAUCGACGAAGCAUUACUAAGUGGCGAAUCGUUACAAACUAACAACUUGGACGAUCCACAGACUUAUGACAAUAAACUCAAUGUUCGUCAAAAGAAAAUAGUUGAUUACAUUUUAAACUCGAUUAACGAAAAUAAAAACGUCUGUACUAUGGCCUAUCCGGGCAUUGCCGCAACCCUAUUACCUAACGGAAAAACUGUUCAUAAAACGUUUGGCUUGCACGUUCCAAUGUUCUCUGAUUCUUCUUCACGCAUUAAACCAAAUUCGAAACAAGGUGAAUACUUGAAAAAUUUUGACGUUUUUAUUUGGGAUGAAGCUCCAAUGUCGCUUAGAUAUGCUUUGGAAAUAAAAGAUCGUACGUUACGUCAUAUUAUGAAUAAUAAAAUGCCCUUCGGCGGAAAAUUAAUGAUUUUGGGUGGUGAUUUUCGCCAAUUAUUUCCAGUACAACCUCAUACAACUCGAACCGAAACUGUCAAUCUUUCUAUUAGAUUUAGUUCAUUAUGGAAAAAUUUUCAUCAAUUUUCAUUGACACAGAAUAUGCGAGCGUUACCGGAAGAAAUACAAUUCGUAAACUUUUUAUUAAAUAUCGGCGAUCGAACCGUCAAUAAUUUAAAUGAUAAAAGAAUGAACGAUAUCAGUUUGUACAUUGAAAAAACUGGUGAUGAUGUUGAACACAAACUCAACUUGGAUUCGCCAAAGUUUGCAACUGGGGCCGAUGAUGAAGAAAUAAAAUGGCAUUUGAGACUUCAUACCGAGAAUGAAGAAUCUGAAGACAAGUCUUAG